AUGUCACGCACCCUUCCCAAAACCGAGGAUCGCCAGAAAUCCCGCCUUUACCAAUUCCUAAUGGAAGAUAUUCGCGAAGAUCUACUCCUCGAGUGCGAGCUCCUGAUGCUCUCUUUCGCAACAGGAAUCCAAGAUGCCGCUGCCUGGCCCGACUACUCCUGCUUCGCUUCCAACCAAACAGGCAACACACUCUUCCUCGCAAUCGGCGUCGCGGGAUUGACCCGAAACGCAUACAGCUUCCCCAAUAUUGGUGUCAGUCUGAGUCUUUUCUUGGCGGGGGGCUUUAUCAUGGGCCAGCUCGGGAACUAUGUUGGUGUGCGGCGACGCUUGUGGUUAUUACUUAGCAAUCUCAUUCAAACCUUGUGUGUUUUCGGGGCGCUAAUCAUCCAACAUCGGUGGCCCAUCAAGCGGGAUGGACCUGCUGCUUUGUCUGUGAUUGCGUUGCUGGCUUUUUCAUCCGGUGGACAGGUUGCUAUGAGCCGUUCGUUGAAGAUUACGGAGAUUACAACAGCUAUGGCCACAGCUGCCUUUAUAGAUGUGGUGAUAGAUCCGGAUUUAGGAAAGCUGAAGAAUCGGCUGCGCAAUCGGCGAGUUAUGUUCCUCAUUAUGCUGACGGCCGGUUGUUUCGUUGGUGCUUUUGCGCAGCGCGAGAUUAACUCAAAUUUUCCAAUUUUACUUUGCGCUCUUGGAAAGGCAUUGGUGGGCGUGGCGAUGCUAUUCAAUCGACCUAUUAAGCAAUCGAGAUCACCUGCCAGCUCGAUGGAAUCAUUGAAGGUGUAA